UUAGUAAUACUUACAAAACAGUAUUCAUUCCUAAAUGGUUUGGUAGAGUUUCCUGUAAGAGCCUCUUUUUUCUUUCACAGACCAUCAUCACGAUUCCCACAACACAGAAGGAAGAAGCGUAAAGAGAUGGAUGAUACUCUGGCAGAAACCAACCAGCACAAACAAAAUGCGUAUAUUAUCAAGUUAUUUGACCGCAGUGUGGACUUGGCUCAGUUCAGCACUACCACGCCGCUGUAUCCCAUUUGUCGGGCAUGGAUGAGAAACAACCCCUCUAUGCGAGAGAGAACUGCGCCCAGCCCCCCUCACAGCUCCGGGGAGGACGAGAUGACUGACAUGCUGAAUGGCAAAGGACAGAACGUGUGCAGGCUUCCUCCGCCUGUUUCCUGUCCAGUAGGUUCAGCUGGUGAACCUGUUAAUCUCAGAAUUCCACCUGUAGAGAAACCAGCAGAGAGCCAGUCCAUAGACACUGCAGCAGGCACCUCACCUCUUAUCUACAGUCACAUCAAACGCUGGAAGAAAAUUAGACAAAAGUGGAAGGAGGCCUCCAGCAAGAACCAGCUGAGAUACAGCGAGAGCAUAAAAAUCCUUAAGGAAAUGUAUGAACGUUAGUUCACAUGCAUCCCUAGAGCAUCUGAAGAAAAUCUGUUAAAGGAAUUAAACAAAAAUAUCCAGGCAGGAAGCCUUCAAGGAGAGUGAAAUGUUGUUGUAACCAAAAUGUUGAAUUGAGAGCUGAACUUUAGCAUAAAAAAUGUGAGUUAAAUGGAUUUAUCUUUUUUUUUUUCUUUAAAUACAAAAAAAAAAAAUCACAUGGGUUUCGAAUAACUCUACAGUACUGAAUUUGAUGUGUUUGUUAAAUAAAUUGAAGGAAUUCUUUA